AUGAGUACUUCUACAACCACAACCAGUACCACCCCUAGUAUCACUACCACAACUAGUACCACACCUAGUACCACUACUACAACUGAAGAGCCAUGUGAAACAGAAGCACCGUGCGAUGAAGACGCAAGACUACCAAAUGGCUGCCCCGUAUGUCCCGACGUACACCUGCUCCUACCUGCUGAAGACUGCAGCCAGUUCUACUACUGCGCACACGGAGACAAAGUUAUAACAGAUUGCCCAGCUGGACUUCACUUCAAUCCCGUUUUGCAGGUUUGUGAUUGGCCACAAGUAGCUGGAUGUGAACCGACCAGCCCACCCUGUACACCAGAAAGCGGCGGUAAUUGUGGUGAAAGCACUACUACUACUACUACAACCACAACCACACCUAGUACUACUACUACAGCCAUACCACCUAGUACCACACCUAGUACCACUACCACAACUGAAGAGCCAUGUGAAACAGAAGCACCGUGCGAUGAGGACGCAAGACUACCGAACGGUUGCCCCGUAUGUCCCGACGUACACCUGCUCCUGCCUGCUGAAGACUGCGGCCAGUUCUACUACUGCGUACUCGGAGACAAAGUGAUAACAGAUUGCCCAGCCGGACUUCACUUCAAUCCUGUCCUACAGGUUUGUGACUGGCCACAAGUGGCCGGAUGUGAACCGACCAGCCCACCCUGCACUCCAGAAAGUGGUGGUAAUUGCGGUGAAAACAGUACUACUACAACCACAACCAGUACCACCCCUAGUACCACUACCAGUACCAGUACCACACCUAGUACCACUACCACAACUGAAGAGCCAUGUGAAACAGAAGCACCGUGCGAUGAGGACGCAAGACUACCGAACGGCUGUCCCGUGUGUCCCGACGUACACCUGCUCCUGCCUGCUGAAGACUGCGGCCAGUUCUACUACUGCGUACACGGAGACAAAGUGAUAACAAAUUGCCCAGCUGGACUUCACUUCAAUCCUGUCCUGCAGGUUUGUGACUGGCCACAAGUGGCCGGAUGUGAACCGACCAGCCCACCCUGCACUCCAGAAAGUGGUGGUAAUUGCGGUGAAGACAGUACUACUACAACCACAACCAGUACCACCCCUAGUACCACUACCACAACUAGUACCACACCUAGUACCACACCUAGUACCACUACUACAACUGAAGAGCCAUGUGAAACAGAAGCACCGUGCGAUGAGGACGGAAGACUACCGAACGGCUGCCCCGUGUGUCCCGACUUACACCUGCUCCUGCCUGCUGAAGACUGCGGCCAGUUCUACUACUGCGUACACGGAGACAAAGUGAUAACAGAUUGCCCAUCCGGACUUCACUUUAAUCCUGUGUUACAGGUUUGUGAUUGGCCACAAGUCGCCGGAUGUGAACCAACCAUUCCGCCCUGCACUCCUGAAAGUGGUGGUAAUUGUGGAGAAAGUACUACUACUACUAGUACCACACCCAGUACCACUACCAGUACCAGUACCACACCUAGUACCACUACCACAACUGAAGAGCCAUGUGAAACAGAAGCACCGUGCGAUGAGGACGCAAGACUACCGAACGGCUGCCCCGUAUGUCCCGACGUACACCUGCUCCUGCCUGCUGAAGACUGCGGCCAGUUCUACUACUGCGCACACGGAGACAAAGUGAUAACAGAUUGCCCAGCUGGACUUCACUUCAAUCCCGUUUUGCAGGUAUGUGAUUGGCCACAAGUCGCCGGAUGUGAACCAACCAUUCCGCCCUGCACUCCCGAAAGUGGUGGUAAUUGUGGAGAAAACACUACUACUACCACUACUACUAGUACCACACCGAGUACUACUACCACACCUAGUACAACUACUACAACUGAAGAGCCAUGUGAAACAGAAGCACCGUGCGAUGAGGACGAAAGACUACCGAACGGCUGCCCCGUAUGUCCCGACGUACACCUGCUCCUGCCUGCUGAAGACUGCGGCCAGUUCUACUACUGCGUACUCGGAGACAAAGUGAUAACAGAUUGCCCAGCCGGACUUCACUUCAAUCCUGUGCUGCAGGUAUGUGAUUGGCCACAAGUCGCCGGAUGUGAACCAACCAUUCCGCCCUGCACUCCCGAAAGUGGUAGUAAUUGUGGAGAAAACACUACUACUACCACUACUACUAGUACCACACCGAGUACUACUACCACAACUAGUACCACACCUAGUACCACUACUACAACUGAAGAGCCAUGUGAAACAGAAGCACCGUGCGAUGAGGACGGAAGACUACCGAACGGCUGCCCCGUGUGUCCCGACUUACACCUGCUCCUGCCUGCUGAAGACUGCGGCCAGUUCUACUACUGCGUACACGGAGACAAAGUGAUAACAGAUUGCCCAGCCGGACUUCACUUCAAUCCUGUGCUGCAGGUUUGUGACUGGCCACAAGUCGCCGGAUGUGAACCAACCAUUCCGCCCUGCACUCCUGAAAGUGGUGGUAAUUGUGGAGAAAACACUACUACUACCACUACUACUAGUACCACACCGAGUACUACUACCACAACUAGUACCACACCUAGUACCACUACUACAACUGAAGAGCCAUGUGAAACAGAAGCACCGUGCGAUGAGGACGGAAGACUACCGAACGGCUGUCCCGUAUGUCCCGACGUACACCUGCUCCUGCCUGCUGAAGACUGCGGCCAGUUCUACUACUGCGCACACGGAGACAAAGUGAUAACAGAUUGCCCAGCCGGACUUCACUUCAAUCCUGUGCUACAGGUUUGUGACUGGCCACAAGUCGCCGGAUGUGAACCGACCAGCCCACCCUGUACUCCAGAAAGUGGCAGUAAUUGCGGUGAAAGCACUACUACUACAACAACCAGUACCACCCCUAGUACCACUACCACAACUAGUACCACACCUAGUACCACUACCACAACUGAAGAUCCAUGUGAAACAGAAGCACCAUGCGAUGAGAACGCAAGACUACCGAACGGUUGCCCCGUGUGUCCCGACGUAGACCUGCUCCUGCCUGCUGAAAACUGCGGCCAGUUCUACUACUGCGUACACGGAGACAAAGUGAUAACAGAUUGCCCAGCCGGACUUCACUUCAGUUCUGCAUUACAGGUUUGUGACUGGCCGCAAACAGCCGGAUGUGAACCGACCAGACCUCCUUGUACCACAACCACUACGUCAGGGAACUGCGUGUAA